UCUGUUUCCUUCUUCCAAGCAAACAGCGGGAUAAAUUGUGAAAACAUUUAAAACAAUAAAACAUUUAAAACAACGAAGGAAGAAUAUUAUUAAUUAAUGAUAAUUAAGGAUAUUAAUAAACAGCCUUUUAUAUCGUAGCCAAGAACAAUAAAAGUAAAUAAAAACAGCUGGCUCAGAUUACGAAAAACAAGCAAAAGAAACAAACAAAAGUGUAAGUGCAAGGAGGAGGAAGCGUCGGCGUCGGUCUUCAUUUGCAAGGAAAGUGGAAUUGUUAAAGUGAAAAUAUGUCAAAUAUAUUUGCAUUGUCCAAUUUAAUUAUUAACGAAUUAAAAGAAAUUGGAGUAAAGCACAAGGAGAAGAAAACAAAACAGACUGAGAACAAAUCCAGCCAGCGUUUGUUCCGCCAGAAACUUGAUUAUUUAAGGCUCACUGAUGCCUUUCUGGCAAAUGGCACAGUUGUUCAGGUCCCACAGUUCAUAACCGAAGCGUGUAGUCAUAUUUUGGAACAUGUUGAUACGGAAGGCAUCUUCCGUAAAGCCGGGUCCAUGGCUAAGCAGCGGGAAAUACGCAAAUUCCUUGAGGCUGGUCUUCCUCUGGGUAAAAGUCAUCGUGUAAUCGACAUUGCCAAUAUCCUUAGCUAUUUCUUUCGGGAGCUACCUGAGCCACUCAUUCCUGUUUUUAUACAUGAGACGCUCCUGAGAUGCUUACAGAUCACCGAGAGGAAUCGCAUAAAAUCCAUAGAACUGACAUGUUUGCUUUUGCCGGCACUGUCGCUUCAUACAUUGGCCUACUUUAUGCAGUUUCUCAAUACUGUGACCACACAUGCUGAGAUCAACAAAAUGACAGCAGAGAAUCUCGCCAUAGUUUUAGCUCCCAGCAUUAUGCCAUAUUCGGAUCUUAAUAGUUUGAGAUUCAAGAACCAUAUUAAAGUUGUACAACUAUUGAUUCACCAUGCCAACCAUAUUGGAACUAUUCCAACUAAUAUCAGGGAGCAGCUCAAAGCCAAGAACCCAAGCACGCCAGCGCGAUCAUUAGGUGUCACUAUGCACACACAAUUGAAGCAGAGAAAUGCAACUGUUGAAGACAGUGCCACAAAAACCGCAAAUAAAAAGAAGAAAAGACGAAGUGAAAUGUUUAAUGGACUGAAGAGAAUCGUUGGAUCAGCCAUUGGAAGUUUAGAUAAUCUGGACUGCUCCAUCGACGGAUCAGAAAAAAAUGAUGUCUUUGAGGAUUCAAAGAAGAAACAACCUCUAGGCAAACAGAGCAAUCCUCUCUCCACCAUUAUGUCACAAAAACGAAAGUUUACGGAACCCUUAAUGUUCAAUUCUAAGAGGAAGGAUAAUAAAAUGUCCAGACUUAGUUUGGCUGGUGAUCAGCAAAUUCAAAAUCUUCCGACUAGCACAGGACAAACAAUGGAACGAAGAUGGAGUCUAGUUAGUACGGGAUGGGCUAAAAAGGAAGCCAAAAGAAAAGAAUUAAUAUCUAACAGUAGUAAUACGGAAAAAGAUGAUCUUAAUGACGCCAUGUGCCAGUUACCAACAUUAGAUGACUCAAAACCCAAUACGCUUGAUAAGAGCACAGAUUCGGACAAAAUUCAUAUAUUCAAGAGUGAAUAUGAAGCUAUAAAGCAACGUGUCACUGCCAUUGAAAAUCAAAUAUCUCAGGAAUUCGAAGAUGUGAGCCAAAAAGUGUUAUUAAGCCCUCCUGAUAAUCUUCUAAAUGGCCCUGAAGUAGUGCAAAAUAAAUUUGAGAAAAUUCUAAUUGAGACUGAGGCGUAUGCAGCAACAGAACAACUGGCACAAAGCCUAAAGAAAGGACUGAAAAUCACAAGAAGGAUAGAUCAGCAAGUAAUUAGAUCACCCAGUGCUAGAAAAAUAGGAACAAUCCGACGCCGAUCGAAGGAGCGAUCCCGCAUUACUAGAACUAAAACCUGGCACGUUAGUGGCACCUCUGUUAUUAAUGAUCCACUGUCAUCUAACAAACCAUUGCCCACAAUUCAAGUAGAUACAGCGGUAACUCCUCUUAAGUCAAGUAGCAAACAAAAUGAAGAAGUUAUUUCGGAAAAUUGGCUGCCUGCAGAAACAUUUUUUGAAAGUUUACCUAGUUGUCAUUCAGUGAUGGCAACUAACGAUAAAUUAAACUCAAAAUAUCGAAAUUCACAAUUAUAUAAAUGUGCUUUGUAUACUCCAACAUUUAAUAAUGUUAAGUCCACCAAUGCUUUUCCAGAAAUUUGUAACACCCCAAUGCUUCCACCUAAAUCAGUUUCUGUAAAACGUACGCCAAUGUGCCUAUCGAGUCGCUUAGCAGCGGCGACACCAAGUAACGAGGAUAACGGUCGUGAGUCAAUAGCCCGACUGAGAUCUCAAAAUGCUGGCAUGGUUAGGGCUAAAGCCAAACAUUUCGAUAAGCUCGAAGAUUCGGCAAAAUCGCAUAAUAAGAGUCAAGAAGAUGGUUUAAACAUUGACUCUGAUAAACGUACAGCGAAAGCUAAGAUAAAUACGCAACCUGGUCUUAAUAAGACAUCGGCAAAUAAAAACGAAUUGUUUAAAGAAACUCCAAAAAGUGUCUACAAAAGACCAAUGAUAAGCCAGAAACCUGGUCAAGCUAUUAAACAGCUCACUCAUAAAUCUCCAAGGAAAUUAUAUCCCAAUAAUAUUGAGAAUCGAUUCAAUUUGCAGUUUAAAAAUUAUAAAGACUCGCCUCAAGCAGACAAAACUAAAACCACAUGGAAAUAAUUGUAAUUAUAUUAAAUGUGAAAAAUAUACAUUGAUUAAAUGUUAAUAAUUUUAAAAUCUUUUUAAUGACUAUAAUUUUGUAUUUUGCCAUAUCGCUGAAAUCAAUAAAAUAUGCAUAAAGCAAAAAUGCGCUAAUA